GCAAAAGCGACGACAUCAAGUUUCAUCUCGCAGACCAGACAGCGAGACGCACACUCUCUGCUCUCAUACACACACCACUCACACACACACACUGUAGCCAUAACAUACACCAUGCCACCUAGAGUACCCACACGCGCAUUCUCAGCACUCUCGUCCCUCUCUCAGCCGGCCGUCGCGAGCUCAUCGGCGCCUCCGACCAGCCGCAAUUCCCAACCCCGAUCGACGUCGCCACAAUGGCGCUCGCGGCGCUCGCUGCACACGGCCACGGCGGCGCCAGCGCGCCCGUCGACCGUCGCCAGCUCGUCCAAGCACUCCAUGAGCUCGGCAGCGCGCUCGCGCGCGUUCCACGGCUCGUCGGCCAACAGCGCCGAACACAAGAACCCCUACGAGACCCUCGGCGUGGCCAAAGACGCCAAGGCAGGCGACAUUAAGAAGGCCUACUAUGCUCUCGCCAAGAAGUGGCACCCCGACUCGAACAAGGAGGAGGGCGCCGCGGAAAAGUUCCACGAGAUCCAGGCAGCCUACGAUAUUCUCUCCGACGACACAAAACGCCAGGCCUACGACCGGUACGGCUCCGCGUCGACGCAGGAGGGCUUCGACCCGGACAUGUUCUCGCGUGCCGGCGCGGGCGGCUUCGGCGGCUUCCAGGAUUUCGGCGGCGCGUUCGGCGGGCGGGGCGGCAACGCCGGCGACCUGUUCGAGCAGCUGUUCGGCAGUGCGUUCGGCGGCGGCGCGCCCUUCGGCGCUGGCGGGCCGGGCGGUGCGGGGCCGCGCGCGCGCCAGGUCCGCGGCGACGACCUCGAGUCGAACAUCACGCUCAGCUUCAACGACGCGUGCGCGGGCGUCACGCGCAAGGUCAUGAUCACGCCCGUGGUCGACUGCAAGCCGUGCCACGGCUCGGGCCUCAAGCCCGGCGAGAAGAAGGCCACCUGCGGCACCUGCCGCGGUACGGGCCAGCAGGCGUUCCAGGUCCAGGGCAUGUUCAUGGCUUCGACGUGUCCCACCUGCGGCGGAACGGGCUCUGUCAUCCCCCGCUCGGCGCGCUGCGACUCGUGCGACGGCGUCGGACGGGUCAAGGAGCGCAAGGAGGUCGACGUCGAGAUCCCGGCUGGCAUCGAAGACGGCAUGAAGAUCAAGAUUCCUGGCGCGGGCGACAUGCCCCUCUCGGCGCAGGGUCCCCCCGGCGACCUGUACGUCCGCGUCAACGUCAAGCCGUCGAGCGUCUUCCGCCGCCAGGGUACAAACCUCUACCACGAGGCCAAGGUGCCCCUUCAGACGGCCCUCCUCGGCGGCCGCGUGCGUGUCCCCACGCUCGAGGGCGACGUCGAGGUCCGUAUCCGCGAGGGCACCCAGUACGGCCAGGAGGCGGUCCUCAAGGGCCGCGGUGUCAAGUCUCUGUACGGCCGCAAGGGCGAGCGGGGUGACUUGAUUGUUUCAUGGAAGAUCCAGAUUCCGAGAACCCUUACUUCCACCCAGAAGAAGAUCUUCCAGGCGUACGCCGACGAUGUUGAGGGCCGCAACCCGCACAUCUCGUUCGGCGACAAGGCCAGCACCAGCUCGUGGACCGAGCCUCCUCAUCCCGACAAGCCGCGCUCGCCCAAGUCUGCCGAGGACUGCGACGAGCACGACCACGACACGGUGAGCGGCAAGAUGGCGCACGCGUUCGGCAGCGCCGUCGGAUGGGCCGAGCGCUUCCUCGGCGGCAAGCACGACGGCAAGCCCAAGGAGCAAGCCAAGUGGGAGCGCAAGCUGCAGCCCGAGGGACAGGAGCUGGGCCGCAAGGCGCCCGAGCCGACCGACGCGGAGAAGAAGGCCGAGGCGGACAAGGCAGCAGCGGAGAAGAAGCCCGCGGCGUCAGCAGCCGAGAGCACCGACUCCAACGCCGCAUCCUACGCCAAGCAGUCGGCGUUCGAGGCCGCGUCGUCGGCUUCCGAGUCCAAGGCUGCCGCCGCCGAGUCCAAGGAGUUUGCCUCCGAGGCCAAGGGCGCCGCGUCCGAGGCUAAGAAGGCCACGGAGGAGCUCAAGGCCGAAGAGGCCGAGCUCAAGGCUGAGGAGGCCAAGUUUGAGGCCGAGCGGAAAGAGGCCGAGGCCGACAAGGACAAGAAGAAGAAGUAGAGGGGGGUUAGACAUCACCACUCGCCAUUUAUCAUAAAAGUGCCUCGACUAUGGUACAGCAUAUGCAUCGAAUCCCCGCAUCA